AUGCCAGCAGACAAUCUGUUCUUCAACAAGGACGCUUGCCCGAACGGAAUGAGGAAUUUGAGAGAUAUUUGGGCCGAAAAGGACCGAAAAGAAGAAAUAGACAAGGAAACGUUCCUGAAAACGUACAGGAGGGUUAGUAGAUACUAGAAAGAGAUUGAGAAGAAAUCAUGAGCAUUUCAGAAAAAGGCUGCAAAACAGAUUCGUCAAGCUAAGAGGUUGCAUCGGAAACUGCGGAAGAUCGACAAAAAAAAGUCACUGGAGAGCUCGAUAAAACGGCUGAGAAAGAUUGUGAGUUGAAAAAAACAAGCAUAAUUUGAUUGGUAAAAGGUGUAUUUGCAGACAAAGAAAGACGAAAGAGCGAAAGGAACGAAGCAGCAGAAACUGAUGCGAAUGACACCCAAAGAACGGAGAGAAUGGAGGAAGCAGAUAGAAGAGAAGCAGGCGAGACAGAAAGUGAAAGAUGUACUCAACGAACUCGACUUGAAUUCAUCCCGUCCAAUUCAAGAAAAAGAGGAACGUUACGAAGUGAGCGCCCCGCAUGCUAUCAGAUUAGUGAAAUGUCCUUGAAUAUUUUUAAGGUCGGACAUGUAUCAGGCUACAUCUCUCCCAAACACGCAUCUUCUUCUCCGUACAGUAACUUUGAAGAAGAAUCUGAUCCAGAGCUCGAUGAGCAACGGAACGGGCUCGGGGAAGGAACGUCCAUGCAGUAUUCAGAUGGAGAGCCCAUCGAGGAAGAGAUGGAAAACGAAGACGUGGAAGAGCCAUUGCUAGAAAUGGUAAGCAUCGGGAACGCACGAACAGCUGGCGAACACGUGGGUCCCGAUGGCUUCCUCUCUCCUCCAGCGAGCAAUGAAAUGCCGAAAGGAGGGCCACUCUCGGUGGGUCCCCCGUCCAUCGAGUCGCAGGGACUCAACCAGAUCUACCCGACGCCGCCCUCCGUUCAGAUGCUGCAUGGAGAUGCUGCACAACUACAGUCACCAAUUACCACCGAAGUAAUGAAGGCGACCAUAAUCGAGGAAGGCGUCGAACGGAUUCCUGUGCCCGGUGGCACCGCGACGAUCGUUGAAAUCGUGGCGGACGACCCAGAAACAGAGAACUUGCAGAAGUUUAACAAAAAAGUCAAUAAAUCCAAGAUCGUAAGUGAAUACUUAUGUCGUGUAUUUUCAACAAACCGCUUUUACAGUCAAAGUUCCUUGCUUCCUCAAGCGAUGAUCCAUUUUUGUCAGUGAGGAGCAAGAAAUACUCUACGCCGGUCACAGAACUGUUCAAAAUCACUGAUGUGCGUUUUCAAAUGUUCCGCCUUUUUCCAAAUUGAUCGUUUCAGGGACCAGAGAAAGUGAAGAUAGGAAUGGCGUACAAGACCAUGGUUGAUCGGAAGUUCAACUGUCCGCCACACCGAGACUUUGCUACUCUCGUCCGUUCUCGAAUUCACGAGAGAAGGAUGGCUGCUCUCGCCGCGUCUGCUGCUUCCACUUCUGGAGCCGUUCCCUCUCUCUUCCACCAAUCCAGUCCGAUGAUUCCGUUGUUCCAGUCCCCCGCAAUGCCCCCACACACUCCAUCUCCAUCCGUCGGUCCUCUUUCCCAUCAUCCAAUGGGUCCUCCUGGAUACCCGGCAACUCCUGGCGCAUUCCCUCCGACCACACCCACUUAUCCCGGAAUGCCUUCGCGACCUGGCUCCAACUUCGGGCCUGGUCCCGGUUAUCCUCCGCAUCAAAUGAUGGCACCAGGAUAUCCAGCCCAAAUGGGGCAGCGCCCGCAAUUCAUAAAUGCUCAAAUUCAACAGCAAAUGCAGAUGCAGAUGAGAAUGCAAAUGAUGCAACAGCGACAGAUGAGCCAACAGGGAAUGCAGCCUGGAUUCGUAGCCGGAAUGCCGCAUUAUCCACAGCCACCGGCGACACCUGGACUUGUCAACUACGGAAUGCCUGGAGGACCGUCUUCUGUGCAGCAACUCAAUAACUUUGUUAAUCAAUCCCGGUUCGGACCUACUAGUGGACAUCCGGGACAACCAUCGCCGUAUGGAAUACCGGUACUUUAGAAAAACAACGACGAACCUUCUCAUUUCUGUUCUUUUCAGCCAAUCAUUCCACAAUCUCCGAACUUCAACCAAACAUAUCAAGGAAUGAAUAAUUCGAUGAUGAGCCCGUUACAACAGCAUCAAUUCCACCAACAACAAAUGCAUCAGCAGAUGCAGCAACAGCAACAACAACAACUGCACCAUCAACAAAUGCAAAGGAAUCAGAUGAUGUUGCAACAUCAGCAACAUCAGCAGCAGCAAGCACUGGCCCAACAAACACAGCAGCCGACUGCCCUGCAGUUGCAUGCGCAAGCACAACAGUCAUGGAACUCCGCUUGUUUGAAUGUAAGCUUUUUUCUUCGACAGAAUCAUCCGUAAUUGUUUGUUAUUUCAGAUGUCGCCCAAACAGAAAGUGAAGUUCGCCGCACGACAACGGCAGCUUUCCGGAGGACUGAUGCCGAUGAAUCUUCAACCGACGGCUCUACGAAAUCUGCGCAACCCGCCCGAUCCGAAUGUUCCGAUGAAUAAACUCCUGACUAGAGCGCACCGGCCACCGGAGGUCAAUGUUCCCGAAGGUGACAGUCUUUCGAUCGCCAUCAUUCUAUCGGUAAGUGCUCAAUUUCCUUCGUUUCAAUUGUAUACUCCCAUUUGCAGGACACCAUUCUCGAUUUGCACUUCGACUCGGUAUUUGACGCGUGUCCAAUCUGUUCUUGCUCCGUUUCCAUCCGAUCUCGUGACCUUGGCAUGUACAUCACUCCCCACGAAGUUCUACGCCUUCACAAUCCCGGACAUUCGAAUAUGCGAGAGCACACUAUCGGUGCUUGGAGUGGAUUCCACGUCAACUCAGCCACCGCCUGCACGUGCGGAUUCAGUGCCAUCCGCCAUCGUUACCUCUCUUGUUGUACCGGUCUCUUCGCAGAAGAUGCGAACGAGGCAACGACACUGGACACCGCAGUGGCGGCCGUCAUUCCGCCUCUUGACUAUCCGAAAAGUAAGAUUAUUUCAGCACGGAUAAUUCGUUCAGAUAAAACCUUACAGGAUCAACUUCUCGAAACAUGUCCUGGUUCAAUUCAAGUUCUGUUCACGAUAUGGCUCUUCUUAAUCAAAUCAGACAACUCGCCUAUUCGCACAGCUACGGGAAAGCGAUCUCGCAAAUGGCAACCAUGAAAGAGCACAACAGAGAUUUGGGCGCUGGAGAGCUCAGCCAGGACAUCUCUGCGCCUUCCGAGUACAUUGUCUCGCACGUUGACACGAUGGAGCUUCUGAUGCUCGGAAAUUCGGCGCUCGACAUGUCAAUGAAAAGUAUGAAUUCUUGGUUGAGUUCAGCGUAAAAAUUGUUACACUUCCAGAUCGACACACCCGCACCCCGAAUUUCAACGCGCAAUUUAUGACCUACUUCCAUCCGUGGGGACUCCAAACUGCCAAUGAAAUCACAGAAUUGGAGGGAAGCGAAUGGAUCGAUUUGCUCGGAUUCGUGACGAACACAAUUGAAGGAGCCAUGAAGCAGGCACGAAAAGCACCAGAAGACGUUCCGUUCUCAGUUGAAGGCCCACUGACGUGGAAGCAGUUUGUGGCGAAGAGCAUUAGAGGGCGACCAGUCACUGACGAAGACGAGGAAGACUUUUCAAGUCCUGAGACCGUUCCCGCUGUUAUGAGAGCCACUGAGAAAGAAGCGAUUCGAGUGGCUCCUCAUAUAGAGCAGUUCUACGAUCAGGCAGGAUUGGGACCUGUGGAUCAACCAAAGGAUAUUAUGUAUCUGACAAUCAUUCCGGACGAUUUGGAAACAUAUGAAAAGACGGUCAAAUUCAUGGAAGAUCUGACUGAAAUGUACGAGAAGAUGCGCUUAGGAAAGCACAUUCCGUUUCCGGUUUCAACCCAGACGGCCACUCUCUACCGGAAAUUACAUAGAGAACUGAAGGAGCACUAUCCGGACCCGGAACAUCUGAAAGCUGCAAUCAAUGCAAGGCUUGCAGAAACACGUCCAUAUCUGGCAAAGCAAUUCCACACAGUGAGCUCAUCCGCGCAGAACUGGGGGAAACGACUCAGAGAAAGGGAAGAGGAAGAUGCUAUUUAUGCGAACGGACUACCUGCUGACUAUGAUCCAGACUAUGAGGGAGACCAUGAAGAGUUCCGUUCGGUACCAAAAAUGCGGCCAAGAAGAACGCACGACAGACUGCCGAAGAAGAAUCCCGGAUUCUACGAGAGAGAAGGAAUUCUGAGAAUUGGAACUAUCUACGAACCGAGCAGAGGAAAUUGGAAGAUGAAUGUCACUAAGACUGACGAAUUCAUCAACAUGACAAAACAUUUGGAUGAUGAAACUGGAUUCGUGACCCGACUGAAACUGUAUCUGCAACAAAUGGAGGACUUGGUUGCCUACAUUUUGUGCGAAAGUAGAGAAGCUUACGACAGGAAAGGAUAUCGUUAUCAGCUGGCUGUAGAGAAUCGAUUGAAGAAAGAGAAGUACGAUAGAGACAUGAAGGAGGAGGAACUGAGAUUCAACGCUGCCAAAGAUAGAGACAAUGAGCUGAGCGCGGACGGAAAGAAGCCAGAUGAUUCGGAACUUCCGCCAGGACACACGGAGUUCGGCAAUGAUGCUUCGGAAGAAUGGAAAAAUGAGGAUCUAGAAGCAAAAAAGCUAAAGAAGCAGCAAGAGGAGGAGCAGUACCCACCGGAAGGCUAUCAAGCCCCUUCACCAGUUCCAGCGGGAAUGGUGCACAUUCCCGAAACAUGUGAGUCAAUCUGUACAUAACUUCGAACCAUAACUUGUGUUUCAGUGUCCAAGCAAGAGCAAACAGUUCAGCCAACGUUGAACGAGCUGAUGGCAGAUCCAUCCUCCGUCAUGCCUCACAAUGCCGCAAGUAUUUCGUGGACGCAGAGAGCGAAUGCAGUUCCGAAUCCGUUCCCCUACUCGAACCAGCCCCCAGUUCCUUUCGAAUCCAUUGGCUCCGAGGAAACCGAUCCUUUCGGUACCCUUCCUCACGUGAUUGUCCUCUACAUCGUCAACCCGUUUUGUUACGGAGAGGAAGGACGCUCUGCCCUUCACAUGCGAAUCGCAAUCCUCGCAUUCAUUCGUGCUUACAAUUCCCUUAUGAGCAUCCUUCCCUACGACAGACGUCCACAGCUUCAGAUGGAAUUAAUCGGAUUGGAAAGUUUAGACGACGUCUCCAAACCAUUCCCAGACUACUUCAACGACCCGAAAGUUCCAUUCGACUUGCUUUACAGUAAAUCAUUUUUGUCCAGAUUUCCUAAAUUCUCAUCAUUUUAGGUCGUAAAGUUCGGCCGGACAGACAGUCGAAUUCUACGAGAGACGAUAUCACUCGUGCACUCUCGGUCGCCGUUUACACACAUCCAAGAGUGUUCCUUCCGGGUAUCCUCAAAGCAGGAUCGGCUAGAUGCAUGACUGCGUAAGUUACUUGGUUGCAUCGUAGAUCUGAACCUGUCGUUUUUCAGUUUCGGUCCCGGCAGUCAACUAUUCAACACGAUCAACGAAUUGGAAAGGAUCAACAGAGAGUCCCACAAAUCGAUGCUCAUCAGAUCACGGAAUGCGCUGGCAUCACAUCCGAUAGUGCUUCCAAGCCAACACGCAGAAAGGAAGAGCUACAUUGCAUACAAAGUCCCUCGAACAUCGUGUGCUUGGCGCCACCUCCUCCGGUGUCCCAGUUAGAAGAAGAGGAAAAGGCCGUAGUGACUUCACAGGACGAGCAGACCCUCUUCAUCGCCUACUGCCUUGUAGGGACCGAAUUCCUCGUGGCAACAGCGACAGAUGCCCAGGGCAAACUCAUCGACAACUGCAUUGCGAAUAUGAAGCCAGAUCGAGAGAACAACCAGUUGUAUCGGUACAAGAACAAGACGCAGAUCCUCGACGGAAUGGGAAACUGUGGUCAUUCAUUCUGGGAGUCAUGUCGUCGGAAACGAAGAACUGGCGACUCGUAGUUGGUCGUCUCGGCAGAAUCGGACACGGAGAGUUUAGAGCGUGGACGCAUCUGCUCAGCAAGGCGUCUCUCCUCCGAUACUCAUCGAGCCUGAAAGAUAUCUGUGGAGCCUGCAAGAGUAUGCCCUCCAUUAUUGGCACUCCGGCAAUUCUUUCCGCUUGUCUCAUCUCUCUCGAGCCGGAGCCGAGCAUCCGAAUUAUGCCAGACUUCUACGAUCAGGACCCAUCUGCCAAAAAGACGAUCUUCUUCCAAACUCCUGGGGAUGUCUCCUGUACUCACAUUCUCACCUUCCCAGUCGGAGCCGAAAUUAACGUAAGUUCUUUUCUAUUUGUUUCUCUUUGCUCAACUAAGAUGUUUCAGCUCGAAGUACAAGAUCAGACGGCGGACCCGAAAGCAGAUGAAAACUGGGAAUUCGGAGACCUCGAUAUGAUGGAAGGAUUGGAUGACGGUGACACGGAAAUCAUCAAGGACUUGGGUCUCGGUCUCGAGACUCCGAGUAGUGCAGCCAUCCGUCAGACGGGCGGAACCUCGAUGUUCUUCAGUGAAGACUCUUCAACUAUUGAGAUCCAGAAUCAGCCUCUCGCUUCUGGGUACUAUAUUUCAACGGCGCCGGCGCCAGAGCUGCCCAACUGGUUUUGGGCGACUUCGCCCUCUUCAAAACGGCACUCUCCAGUGCAUUUAAAGUCGUCAUUGCACAUUAAUAUUAGUGAAGUGAAAGUAAUAAAAUUGAAUAUAUCAGUGCGGGCAAUUGCUAAUUUUCAAUUUGCAGAAUGACGAUAUCGCAAUGGAAUCGACAAAAGAAAAGGACAAAGACAAGGAGAAAGAGGAAAAGUUUGUGCAUCCUCUGGAGUCUCGACAGACGGAAGAAGUGCUCCGCCACGUGCUCGAGUCAUACAAUGCUCUCUCGUGGCUGAAUAUGAACAGACAGACCGGCGAGCGGUACAGUUGUCUGCCUAUCCACGUCCAGCACUUGCUCAGACUGUACCACAGCGUGGCACGUCUCAUUGUUUGA